UCUGCAUUUUUUUAUUUAAGCGAACAUUGAAUUGAACACGACGAACAUAGUAAAGCAGAAGGAUUUCGGAAUUCAGAUUUUUGUGCUCUUUAAAUAAAGAAUUAAGUGUUCAAAUUGAUUAGUUUCAGGGUGUUUAAAUCAUAAUAUAAAGUGUUCUUUAUUAAAACUAUGCAAUGAUGGACCUAACCCUACACAUAUCUGUUGUCAUUGCUUGUGUCGUUAUCGCCUCUAUCCUCUCGAUACUGUUUCUUAACAGUAUUUUUACUGCUGAAAAGCGAGAAAAAAUUGCAGCAGCUAUAAAGCAGAGAGAAGAAGCCGAGAAAGCAGCUGCGAAGAGGCAGAAAAAGCUACAACAACAACAGCAACAGGCUAAAAAGGAUCUGAAACGCGAAAAGAAAAGGUUUUAUCGUGAACAGCAGAAAGACAACACUGAACAAGAGGAAUCCGAUGUACAAUCCGAACCACCUUCUGUGGAAGAUGAACCUCAGGGUCUAUCAAAAUCUCACGUUGAAUUUGAUCCCGAUCCAGAAGUUAUCGUUGGCGCUACUCCAGAAGCAGUAAGACGUGCAAGUAUUGCCGAGCGUGAAAAAGACGCAUUAGCUAACAAUUCCAAACAAAAAGCGAAAAAGGAGAAGAAGAAUAAAUCACCGGGCAUUUUAGUAAACAAGAAUGAGCCAGUUGUAAUUCGCGAGAAUUCGGUUAUUGACGAGCCGGCAAAUACCUUUGAAACCAAACAGCCAAAGGAUACCGUUGAGUUGAAAAAAAGCGAAAAGAAGGAUAAUAAAAAGGAAAAGAAUGGUAAGAAAGACAAAAAUGUUGCUUUUGAAAAGCCAGUGGUGGCUGCUGUGGAACAACAGCCCUCGACAGUUGAAUUUGUCUCACAAGUCCAAGUAGCAAAGGAAGUAAAACAGCAUGAUGAGAAGGCGCGUCGUGGUUCACCAAAAACGCAGGCUUCUAACAAUGCUAGCGGUAAUAAUAAGUCGAAACAACAGAGCAAAAAACAAAGCAAAGAAACCGCUGCCACCAAAGAACUUGUACUUGCACUUGACAAACUUUCUGAUUCAGAUACUAUUGGGGUUUCUCUGCUAAUGAAUCUUUUCCGUCGUGCGGAACUUAAUCGUUCCGAGAUACAAUUACUUAUCGAUUAUUUGUUGAACAAACAGCAAGACACACCUGCAACACAUUCCGAUUGGUCUGAUGAUAUAUGCCAAAAAUUAAAGCGACAAUUGGAAGAAAAGGAAAAGGCCUUGGCUGAAGAACAAGAAUCUUCAAUAGGUAUUCAGGCGAAAUUGCGUGAACUACGCAUCGAAAUCAAUACAGAACGGACUCAACUAAACGCCACUGUUAAGUCUUGCGCAGAAAAGUUGCAGGCCAAAGAACAAGAAAUAGCCGCACUCAAUCAGGAAUUGCAAUCUAUCAACGAAAAGUUUACGCUGGAACGCAAACAAUUCCAAGCCAAGCUUCUUCUUGAAAAACAAACCGGUUCCCAAGAUUUGUUCGCACAGUUGCAGCGCAUACAAAGCGAGUCGGCACACAAGGAUAAAUGUAUUAAUGAAUUGACCUGUUUGGUUAGUGCGUGUAACAAGGCGAAUGAGGACUUGAAGCAACAAGUAAGUCUUUUAGAACAACAACGCGAAGAACUCGAACAAAUUUCAAACAAUCGGAUUUUUGAACUGGAAAAAAUAAAAGCAUUUGAAGUCGAAAAUGCCGAGUGCAAGAUGGAACUGCAUCGUUUACAAAAUGCUCACGAAUCAACUAAAGUCGAUUUGGCACAAGCACGUCAGGAUCUUGAAGUACUCGCUGCACGAAACGGUGACUUUUUGGAGAAGCAAAAGCAAAUAGACGCUCUAGGAGCCAAAAAUGAUGAAUUACUUCAGCAAUUGGCCGGUGUUAAUAUGCAGGCAGCAGAACAAUCUAAGGGCCAGGCGACAUUAGAUUCAAUCAAGUCACAAUUGGCAGAAAAAGAAAGGCAAUUGGGAAUUUUACAUGAUAGCCAUACUUGUUUGUUACAACAGUUGGAUACCGUGCGAGCACAAAGUCAAAAUAAUGCACAAACUCAUCAAGAUUUGCAAAAGCUGGUUCAGUCUCUACAACAAGAUGUUGCUAAUAAGCACCAACAAUUGCAGCAAGUCGAACAGACUGUGGACCAUUUGAGCACACGGGAAAAGAAGCUGUUGCAACAACUGCAGGAACAGAAAGAAAAAAAUGACGAUUUGCGUAAGAAAAACUGGAAGUUGGUUGAAGCUUUACAAAGCGCUGAAACAGCAGCUAAACAAAAUAAAGCGCCUAAGAACGCUAAUGCAAACUUAGUUGAACAACAGCAACUUUUCGCUACGUCUCAAAAGCAAUCCUCCACCACAGCCAAUAUUGCAACAGUUUCUAGUAAUGAAGAGAAACAUGUGCGUGAAAUAUUUCAACGCCUGUAUCCAGAGGCAGUAAAAGCUUGUGCUAGUACAGCGCUAAGUGCAUCCUUUGAGCAAUGGGUGGAACAAGUUUUAGACACGCAAUUGAAAUUAACAGCACCUCCUAAAUCUCCUGGUAACAGUAGUAAUAAAUCUACACAAAUGAGCAGUAGCAGCAUUAAUAACGCCACCGCUUCAGCCCACACAAAUAAUAGUUCACAUAAUGAUAACUUAAAUAAUAACGAUAACCGUAUUAGCACCGAUAGUAGUGGGGUUGGUGAUAGUAGCAGUGGUAGUGCCAACGAUGUAGACGCUACGGACCUGCGUCUCCAAAAUACUCAAUUACGCGCCAAGGUCGAUGAGCUUACAAAACUUGUUACAAAAACUAGCAACACAUUGUCCGCUCUAGAAGGCCACGCUCGAGAAGAGCAUGAAAAAUGGCAAACCAUUGUAUUAUCGAAAGACGAAGAGAUUUCAAGGUUGCAACAUUCAAAUGGUUCUUCAGGGAUUUAAUGUCGAAUGAUGCAAAUAUGUAUGAGCGUUAGAGAAAAUGCGUUUGAGAUGUAAUGCCUUCCAAAAUACAACACAAAUAAGCAGCAAACUACAUAAAAAAAUGGACUGUCAAACAAGAAAAAACUGAGUAUUGCCUGACAUGCAUAAAUAUACAUAAGUAUAUGUAUAUGCAUAUUUGCUAGCAAAAUGCUUACGAAAGCAUUUAAAAGACAUGUUUAAAGAAUUUGUAUGGAGCUACUCAGCAUUCGAAAGUUCGUACACAUUUAUUUACAAUCUGCAGCAAACAAUAUAAAGCGAGAACAAAAGUAGUAUAUGCGUAAUAACAAACAGCAGCAACAACACAACAACAUCAAACAUUCUAAACAAAUUAUGCUACAAAUGCAGUAGGAAGUAUAACUAAAGGAUAUUAGAAAACAUAAAGCAAACUUAAAAGAAAUUAACCCAAUUAUUAAGCGUAAAAUACAAAAAAAAAAAAAAAAUAAAUAAAUAAAUAAAAAUAAUUAGUUUUAGUUUAAGCCUAAAAUCUGUGCAAUGUUGAAUGAUCGAUAAGCAAAUGCAAAUGAAAAAAAAACUAUUGUAGAAUAUCCGAGUAAACGCAAAUUUAAACAGGCAUAUUCCACUAGAUUGCGAACAUUAAUUGAGAAACUCUAAUAAUAUCAACAUCAUUGCAAUAAAUAUAAAUCAAAUCGAAAAAUUAAAAUACUAAUUACAUAAUUUGAAGUGAAGAGGUCAAGGAACGGACAAACUGCUGUGUUGCUUAGCUGGACGCUUCAUAUGCUGUUUGAGUUCCAAUAAAUGUCUGCAUUUAUACAUACAACAAUAUCCAUGAGAAAAACCUACAUACAUACACAUACUACUUUAUUUUAUACGUUACAAAUGAUCAUGAAUAAAACAAAUUAAAUGAAAUGAAGUUAUUAUAAAUGAUUAAAUUUCAAAAUUGUUUUAUAAAAAGUUUGGUAAGAAUUUAUUGGAAUUCGCAAAUGUUAAGCUUAUUUUCACUUGUGCAUGCUCAUAAGCAGCAAAAACAAAAUUUUCGUAGGGAUAGAACUGUCUAGCUAGUACUAAAAUAAAUUAUUUCCUUUCUUUUUCUUUUGGAACGAAAAAAAAGUCACAAAAGACAAUGCGUGGUUGUCUCAAUAGCUAUUUCACUUGACUCAACUUUUCACAGUCGAUUUCUUGUAUCAAACGGGAGAUGGCACUCGAUAUGUUUUUAGUUCAAAAUAAAAUCAACGCUCUUUUGUAACUUUUCUAAUAAUUUUCGAUGUUUUGAUAUUUUAAUGUGCAGAGUUCAGUUGCUUUUUAUGUUAAUUUAAAAAAUGUUCAUUCAUGUAUGACGUUAUUUUUACGUAUCCAGUAAUACAAAUAUAUAAUAUAUGCAUAGCAAAUGGAAAUAAAAACCUUCUUUUGUAGUAUGUAUGUAUGUUGCAUCCAAAAUUUGAAUAUUGUUUAUUAAAGUUUCAAGUUUUUUAAUUGCAUUUAGCUUAAUUCAGCUUCAGAACUCUAUAAACAAAAUACAUUUGCCACCUUAAUACCUAUCAUUAUAUAUAUACAUUCAUCGUUGAUCUAUCCAUCUUAGUGCACUAUAAAUAUGUUAUACACAUUAAUGAUUGAAAGGAAUUUAAUUGAGCGUGCACUCGGUUUUCUGUCCAUAAUAUUAAAUUAGUUAAACCAAUACGUUUCAAAACGACUGAGAAACUUUUUUUCUAUUUAAAUCAUAGCUAAAUAAAUGUUUCGAAAACAUAUCGAUGAUUGAGUGCACAUUUGUAGCAUGUGCAUAUUUGGAUGAAAAUAAAUCAAAUACAAUUCCUGAAUGUUGAAUAUCAAAGCUAUUUAGUGUUUAAAUAAAGUUGAACUUUCUUUAUAUCAUUUAGUUAUGCGUGAAGUUUAGGGAAAGUUUUGAAAUUUUUCAACACAAUUGAGUCCUCAAACAUCGAUAUUGUACUCAUGUAAAACAUAUUAAUUUUAACUGAAUAUAGUAUUUUAUCUUGCCGCCAUGGAGAUUAUAGCAAUGACGAGUAAAUAUACAAAACCACAACUCAAUUUGCAGAGCAAUGCAGGCAGUGACGACUGACAGGAUAAUAAAUUUUGCAAAACGCGUAUAUACAUAUACACAUAGACUUAUGGAAGCGUAUCCUUAGCAACAGCAACAGCAACAGCAACAUUUACUUAAGCAUAUAACAAUGAAUCUAUUUUUAUAUAAGAUACUUAAAGAAAAGCAGAUACAAUUAAGCCAAGCCGUAUGUUGUUUUACAUAUUUAAGGCAGUAAAUAGAACUAUGACGUACUUUGUCUAAUAAGUAUAAGCUAUAAUAAAUAUUAACUCAAAUAUUUCACGCAAUAAUUGUAACGAAAAUUGACUGAAACUGUACGACAAAAAUGCCAUGAAUGAAAACCGGCAACCAAAAGUAUUCACUUUCGCUUAAAUAAAUGAAUUUUUCGUGUAUUUUCAUGUUAUAGUAAAUGUUCUUUUACUCUUUUUUGUAGCCAUGCCCAUCAAUAUGUAAAGUAAAGAUUUAUUAAUUAUAUUAAAUUUACAUUUUUCAAGAAGCUGC